CCGACACACUAACGCAGGUCGUGCUGUUCAGCGCAGGGUUCUUUGUGGCAGUGACAGGGGGUGUCCGUUAAGUGGCUUUCUCUUCCUGUGUGUGUGUGCUUGUGUGUGUGUGUGUUUGGUGACGGGUGGGGGACUGUGUGCGUAAGUGUGUGUGCCUCAUAUGUCUGUUGGUUGGAGAAUCUUUAUGAAGGACCCCUACUGGUAAAGUGGGUAAACUUGCACAGCUUCGACAUCUGUGCUCAGAGGAGGGGGGGGAGUGGAGACAGACAGUGAGAGAGGAGGAGUAGGAGGAGGAUGAGGAGUACAGAGUAGGAAAGAGGAGAAGAGUGUGAAGGAGAGAGGGAGGGAGAGAGAGAGCUGAGCCUCGGCGCUAAGCAGUUGAGGAGAAAAUGCCUUGUUUUGUGGAGAGAAUCCUUCCAGGGCAGGAGGGAGAGGUGAGGCAGAGCGUGGAGGGCGGUCUGCUGCCAGCUGAAAGGAGUUUAUGCACUGAAACGACCUCAGGAAAACCCAAGAUGGCCGCCAAAAGGAAAGGUGGCCUAAAACUCAAUGCUAUCUGUGCCAAGCUGAGCCGCCAGGUGGUGUGUGACAGUAGCUCACAAAAUGCCGAAGGAGACCAGAGCGUAGCUGAAAACAGCGAGCGCGGCAGUUCCCACUACGAUGACAAUGAGACCAACUUCCGCGAGAGCCUGAGCUUGAGUCAGAGCCUGGAGGAGGACCAAAAGAGACGCGAGGCCAUCGAAAAGUGGGUUAAUGGCGAGUAUGGCGAAGAGCCGCCGGCGCCCGAGGGCGGCGACGAGCAGGAGCACGAGCUCCAAGACGGCGACGACCAAGACGCCCCACCCGUAGGUGUCUACAUGGUCCAGCCCAAAGGCUGCAGCGACGACGAGGUGAACAACGGCGAGGAGGCGGAGCCCUUGCUUGGCUCUCAGGAUGGCAGUUACCACGACGACAAAGAUGCUGACGACAGGCUUACCAAGCCUGACGCCUACAUGCCGCCGAGCGAGGUCCCGAGCCGCCAAGCACCCUUCUCCUCUCCAGGUGAAGCAUCUGCCCUCCGAGACUACGCAGCCAACACAAUGAACGAGUUUUUGGGAAUGUUCGGCUAUGAUGACCAUCAUAUGCGGGAUGAGCUUAACAAGAAGCUCAGCUUUGACAAGCUCAAAGCCGCUACCUCAGACCCCUCAUCCCUCAGCAGCGAAGAGGCCUCUCGGCGAGCUCGCUUCUCCAAGUAUGAAGAGUACAUCCGAAAGCUAAAGGCUGGCGAGAACCUACCUUGGCCCAUGCAUGCUUCUCCACCCAAACCAGAUGACCUCAAUUCAAAACUGUCCCAAGACAAAAGUUCAACCAUGACCCAGACCUCCGGUGGCCACCCAGCGGCCGAGCCUCAGAUCUUCCCCACGAGCUUGGAUCACAAGCAACAAGGAGGAGCUCCAUUGGCUGCCGCACAGUCAUCUAAUCCCUCUCACUUGCAGAACAUGGCCUCCCGAGCCUCCAAGUAUGACUUCUUCAUCCAGAAACUAAAAAUGGGGGAGAGUAUUCAGCCCAAUGGUAAUGCUUUUAAACGACCCUCCAAAUAUGACCUGGAGAACGUCAAGUUCCUGAACCUUUUCAAACCAGGUGACGGUUGCCCCGACAUGGGCGGCGCCAUCGCCUUUAAGACCGGUAAAGGUGGCCGCCCUUCCAAAUAUGACAUCAGAACAAUCCAGAAGCUGAUGCCAGGGAAUCCCGAAGGCUCGCUCAUGCCCAACAUCCUUGCAACUGCACCGGGGAACCCUGGAGCUCCUGGUGUACCCACCAUCGGCACAGCUGGGGCCGGCAUUGCACCGGGACUCACCGUGGACCAGACGGGCCAUAUAAGCUUCACCACAUCUGACUACCUGAAGUCCAGCUUUUCCAAAACUGACUCCAUCACCACUGGCACCGUGUCCUCCGUUAAGAAUGGGCUGCCACCAGAUAAACCUGCCAGCGACGACGUCAACCUCUACCAGAAAUACAUCGCCAGGUUUUCCGGAAGUCAACAUUGUGGCCAUGUGCACUGUGCCUACCAGUACAGGGAGCACUACCACUGCAUGGACCCCGAGUGUAACUACCAGGUGAGCAGGUUUACCAGUAAGCAGGACGUGAUCAGGCACUACAACAUGCACAAGAAGAGGGAUAACUCCCUGCAGCACGGUUUCAUGCGCUUCAGCCCUCUGGAUGACUGCAGCGUCUACUACCACGGCUGCCACCUCAAUGGCAAAAGUACCCAUUACCACUGCAUGCAGGUGGGCUGCAGCAAGGUGUACACCAGCACCUCGGAUGUCAUGACGCACGAAAAUUUCCACAAAAAGAAUGCCCAGUUGAUCAAUGAUGGCUUCCAGAGAUUCCGUGCAACAGAGGACUGCGGCACAGUCGGGUGCCAGUUUUAUGGCCAGAAAACAACGCACUUCCAUUGCAGGCGCCCCGGCUGCACGUUCACCUUCAAGAACAAGUGUGAUAUCGAAAAGCACAAGAGCUACCACAUCAAGGAUGACGCUUAUGCCAAAGAUGGCUUCAAGAAGUUCUACAAGUAUGAGGAGUGCAAGUAUGAGGGCUGCGUGUACAGCAAAGCUACCAACCACUUUCACUGCAUCCGCUCGGGCUGCGGGUUCACCUUCACCUCCACCAGCCAGAUGACCUCCCACAAGCGCAAACAUGAGCGCCGACACAUCCGCUCCUCCGGCGUCAUGGGCCUCUCUUCCACCUUCCUGGCCCCGAAAGACGAGCCGGAAGAAUCGAGCAAUGACGACCUGAUGGACUUCUCGGCAAUCAGCAGCAAGAACUCAAGUCUGAGUGCCUCGCCCACCACCCAGCAGUCCACCACUGCAUCGCACCUCAUGGCCACACCCACUACUGCCGUCUCCUCCUCCUCAUCGAUGGGCCUCACCCUCAAGCCUACGCCCUCGCUGCCCACCGUCGGCCAGCGUAUGUCCAGCCUGCUGUCCCAGGCCCUGCCCAGCAACAUGCCGGUGGCCCUCUCUCUGUCCAACAGCACUAUGGCUGCUUCCAGCCCCUUCUACUCGCUCAUACCCAGGUUGCCUCUCCAGCCUCCUCCACAUGCCGCUGGCCUGUUGUCAGCUGUCUCAUCAGGGGCCCACUGUAUGCCCACCGACUCGCUGGCCCAAGGCUGCUCUACAGCGGGGGCGGAGGGAGCCAUGGCAUCCACCCCGACCUCCUUCUCCAGCUCCUCCAUCAUGGAGAAGAUCUCCACUAGCAAAGGUCUGAUAUCACCCAUGAUGGCCAGGCUGGCCGCUGCUGCGCUGAAGACUUCCAACGGAUCGGAUGCAGGGAGCAGGCAGCCGAUGUCAGUCAACCAGUUCAAUCUGGCUCAAGUGAAACAGGAACCAGUGGAAGUCAUCUCGGGGGCCUCGCAGGAGUCCACACAGGAACACAGUUUGGACCUGAGCAAGAAAGACAACAGUAAUGAAUCAAAUGGACAUGAUGUACCAGGGAAUGCAUCUCUUUUAUCCUCGCUUAUGAAUAAGAUGUCACAGGUGAACCCUGCACUCUUCAACGCCAUGCACCUCAAGACGGAGCUGGAGGGCGGUCAAAGCGCCGAUAACUCGGAGGCGCCCCAGUACUUGAGCCAAGUUCUGAGGAGGCCCCAGGUAGACAAGCCCAGCGAGAUCUGGAGGACUUACCUCCGCAGGUUUGACACAGAUGACUUCUGUGAGGCUCAGUGUGACUUCCUCCAGAAAGUGCACUUUCACUGCCUGGUAGAGGACUGUGGUGCUCUCUUCAGUACUGUGGAUGGAGCCAUAAAACAUGCAAAUUUCCACCUCCGAGCCACUUUGAAAGUGAAGUCGGAGCCUCCGUUCAGCGAGGGCAAAGUAUCCGGAGAGGGUGGUCCUCUGCGGCCUGCAGCCCCCGUCUCCAUGGCCAACAACCCCUCCAUGGAUGUGAUGCAUCUCCCCUCUGGUGGCUAUAGCUCGCCUCCCCCCUCCCUGCUGGCCUGGAAGCAGCUUACCGGCAGCAUCCCCCAGAUGCCAGCCUCCAUGCCCAACCUGCCUGCCAACUCCCCUCUGGCCACCACCUCGCUGGAGAAUGCAAAGCCACAAGUCAAACCUGGUUUUCUGCAGUUCCAGGAAAACGACCCCUGUUUGGCAACGGACUGCAAGUACUCAAACAAGUUCCACUUCCACUGCUUGUUUGGGAAUUGCAAGUACGUGUGCAAGACAUCUGGCAAGGCCGAGUCCCACUGUUUGGACCACAUCAACCCCAACAACAACCUGGUCAACGUCCGUGACCAAUUUUCCUACUACUCCCUUCAGUGUCUGUGUCCCAACCAGCACUGUGAGUUCCGAAUGCGCGGCCACUAUCACUGUCUGCGUCCCGGCUGCUACUUCGUCACCAACAUCACCACCAAGCUGCCGUGGCACGUCAAGAAGCACGAGAAGGCCGAGCGCCGCGCCGCCAAUGGCUUCAAAUAUUUCACCAAGAGGGAGGAGUGCGGGCGGCUGGGUUGCAAAUAUAACCAAGUCAACAGCCACUUUCACUGCAUCCGCGAGGGCUGCCAGUUCUCCUUCCUCCUCAAGCACCAGAUGACGUCGCACGCACGCAAACACAUGAGGCGCAUGCUGGGGAAGAACUUUGAUCGCGUCCCAUCCCAGGUGAUGCCCCUGAGUCACAGAACUGAUGAAAUGCAUCAUGGCUCGGGAAUGCUGUCGGGGGCAAUGGCGGCCCACUCUGAUAUCACUUCCAGUUACUCCUCCGCCACCGUAGAGGAAGCUGACGAUUACAUUGACUACAUGGGCGGCGGGGGGAGCCCCUUGGGCAUAUCCUCCGAGUCGUCCAAUCAAGACCGUAGCUGCACCAGCACCCCAGUGGGCAACGAUGGCUCCCCAGCAGGACAAGGCUGCCCCACCACCACCUCUGCUCCCACCACCCCUGCUGACACUAGCCAAAAUGCUCCUCCUUCCUCACCUCCUGCUCCUCUUCCACCACCGCCACUUCCACCUCCUCCUUCCGUACCUCAAGCUGGCCUGCCGGCCCAGGCUACUUCCCUGUCUCCCGCUCUGCUCCGACCACCCUUGCCCUCGCUCCCAUACCUUCUCUCUCCAUCCUGUCUGUCAUACUCUCUGCUCAGCGCCUCUCUGGGAGCCACUCUGAGUGUUGUCAUGCCAACCAACACACCAGCUUACAGCCCCGUCAUUGCCACUCCAUCGCCGGUUAAAAAUGACGUCCCUAUAGUGCAGGACGCCGCAGGAAACACCAUCUCCAUCCCCACCGCCGCCGGAGCCAAGAAGCGCUUCUGGAUCAUCGAGGACAUGUCCCCAUUUGGCAAGCGGCGCAAGACCGCUUCCUCGCGCAAGAUGCUGGACGAGGGGAUGAUGCUGGAGGGCUUCCGCCGCUACGACCUGUACGAGAACUGCAAGGACUCGGGCUGCCAGUUCUCCCUGAAGGUGACCCACUACCACUGCACCCGCGAGAACUGCGGCUACAAGUUCUGCGGCCGCACCCACAUGUAUAAGCACGCCCAGCACCACGACCGCGUGGACAACCUGGUCCUGGACGACUUCAAGAGAUUCAAGUCCACGCUGAGCUGCAACUUCCUGGAUUGCCAGUUCUCGGGCAACAGCACCCACUUCCACUGCCUGCGCUGCGGCUUCCGCUGCACCGACAGCACCAAGGUGACGGCCCACCGCAAGCACCACGGCAAGCAGGACGUGAUCAGUGCCGCCGGCUUCUGCCAGUUCAGCUCCAGCGUCGACUGCGAGGUUCCCGACUGCAAGUACAAGCUCAAGUGCUCCCACUUCCACUGCACCUUCCCUGAAUGUAAGCACACAGUGGUGGGGAUGUCCCAGAUGGACUCGCACAAGCGCAAGCACGAGAAGCAAGAGCGGGGCGAGCUGCCGUCCGUGUCGCCCAAACAGGAAGCCAUGCACCACCUGGGCCCCUCCGCCGGCACUCAAGCCUCCAUAGCUCUGAACGCAUCCCGCGGACUGACCCACCCUGCCAACCACAACGUCGCCCCCUGCAUGCUCUACUCGGGCGGCGGCGGCAGCAGGGUAGAGUACAACCACCCGUACCCGCCGUCCACCAUCAGCUUGGACAGCUCUCUCAACCUGGGCACCGACACCAGCAGCUCCCUGUUCUUCCUCAAGAACGCCACCGGUCUGGGUCUCAACGACUCUCUGGACCUGAGCAAGAAGGUCCACCAGGAGGUGGCGCGACACACACCGGGCCACAGCGUGCCACCGGGCAUGCUUGUGGCUCAGGACGACACCUCCGGAACAUCCGGGGAGGCCGAGGACGAUCUGUCGCCCGAGGAGGAGGCGAGGGCUGAGGACGAAGAGGACGAAGAAGAAGAAGAGGAUGACGACGAUGCGGAGGAAGAACUCAACACCGAUUCAAAUGAUGAUUCGGCGGCAGAGCCCGAAGAGAAGGACAAAGGGCAGAGUUUUGAUGCUUCCGUUCACCACACUGACACUUCCUAACUAUAAAAAAAAGAUGGCCACCCCUGAAAAAAUAGCGACCUGAUGUAUGAUGAACAAACAAGAAUGAUAGAGAGCUCAUCUAUCAUGUUUCGAGACUUCACAUGACAACAAGAAACAACGGCGGCGAGGACAAUAGAAGGAAAAAGAAGAUGAUGGCCCAAAUAUGAUUUAUGAUGAUGUUUACAAGAUGACCAACAUUAUUAAUUCAAUAAUGCAUUAAAAAAUAUGAACGGAGGCACAUGGAACUGGGCCCUGCACGCUUUACACGUGGGAGGAGCAAUGUAAAGCAUUUUACGAGACAUCGGUCUUUUCGUGUGCGUGCAUGUUUGACUUUAAUUUAUUGCUAUUUUAAUUUUUCACCUUUUUGUGCAGAAAAAAAGACAACAAAACUCUCUAUAUAACUAUCUGUGUGUGUGUGUGUGUGUGUGUGUGUAUGUGCGAUGAAAGAAAAUGAACUUUGGCCCACCCCAGAUGGCCUGUGGGGCCGAGCACACGUUUAAAAAACAAAAAAGGGAAGUGAAUCACUAAGGAGGAACAGGAUGUGUUCAAACAUUUGAUUUUUUUUCCCUGUAUUAUGUAUUAUUAUAAUUCUGAGACACCUAGAGAUUGAGGGAGUCUCACUUCUCUCACGCUCUCUAAGACGUUGGACUUCUUCGUGGGAGGCGUGCAAGCGAGCCGCCAAGUUGUUCCGAGAGGCCACUGAGCUCAGUCUAGCUCAUUCGGGCUGACAUUCUGCUAAAACAGGCACCAAAUAAACAGCCUGUGUAAUUUGGAUCCCCUAUCCCAGAAAGACACCCACCCACCCUUGAUAACCACCAAUUUUGGUGGAGGAAAUCAACUAACUCUGUGUGUGAAUAGUGCACUUUUCCACUUGCUAACCAUGACGCAAAUACAGUGGCGGUGGAUGACUCGUGUUUAUUAUUUUUUUUAUUUAGGCAUUACCAUAUUGUUUUGUUGCUGUUAGUGAGAAGCAUAUCAAUCUGUAAGCUGAAUUCAUGGAAGUGUGUGUUGGAGGGGCGGGUGGGGUCCAAGAGUUGAUUAGAUGUAGCGUGGGAGGGCAGGAGGGAGGAGCAUCAGGUAGUGUAUUUAAUGUUGGAAAAAUGUACAGACCGAAACUGCCUCAAACGGCGUUACGUUUCUUUUUUUCUCCCCCUUCCCUUGCUUUGCUCGCUGUCAUGGCUGUAACAGCCGAGCUCUGGUUGUAUUGGUUUUUAUUUAAUAUUUAUGUGAACUUCCAAAAAUGAGAAUUUUUAGGGUGUGGCACUUUUUAGUUUAAUUUUACCAUCUGGGGAUUUAAAAAAAAAAAAGUAUAUAUAUUAAAUAUCUUUUUACAGGGAAAUUGCUUUAAAAUUAUGUUUUAGUUCACUUUGCUUUAAUGCACAAAUAGAUGUUAGUGUGACAAAAAAUGUUUUGUGAUUUAUUUAAGAAAAAAAAAACAAGCUGUUAUGGUUUUUAUUCUGCUUUUUUUGAUGGGAAACUUUGGUAAGAAAAUGUGUGUGCCAGACAAAAAAUGGCAAGCUUGCAAGAAACACUAAUAUGGACUGUGAUUUUAAGUUUUAAACUUUAUGGCGAUGCUCUUAUUGUAGUGCUAAAUUAUGACUCUGUCACUCUGGUUUAUAUUGAGCAAAUAUGUAUGACUGAGGAGUGGACACACUGGGUAUAGAUGAUCUCCUGAGCUUGGCAUUGGAAAUAAAUAUCCAUCAUAUAGGGAACUAUGUGUGUAGAUGAUUUCCUCCAACUAUUGUUUUAAUAAGAAAAAAAAAAGAGGCUGUACAGUAUUUUCCUCUGUAAAAAAAAAAUACCAAAAUGGUCUUUGAGGAAAUUUAAAAAAGAAAACCAUAAGAAGGAAAAAGUGAAUAAAAGAAGAAUACAAAUAAUGUCAUAGUUUGCUUGUGUGUGUGACAUUUCUCAAUUUUGACUGGUUCAGAUUUUUUUUCCAAACGGUUCAUACUGAACAUCAUUGGCUUCCGUUAUUACCGUAAGCAUUUUCACAAACAAUGUCAAAGCUCAAACUCACUGAUUAGAAUGUGUCUGAUUUAUUUAACAAUGUGUUUUAUUCAUUUGCCAUUUCUGUGAGUGCUUUUGUUUUCCUCAUUAACUAAACUCUUUUGUGUGUUUGUUUGUUUUUAUUUUGUAGUUUGCUGUGGGCAUGCCUCGUUCACAGACUGUCUCCCGGGAAUCUCUUGCAAAGCAAGAGAUCCACCUAGAUUUGUUUUUGCAUCUAUUUUGUUGUUGUUGUUGUUUGUUUGUUUUUUCUUUUGCUGACAACUGUAGGAGCUGGGAGACAAUAAUCACUUGAAUUUAGUUUCUACGUUUGUAUGUGUGUGGCUGUAAAAUUGCAGGAUUUGUAAAAAGUUGGAAAUAAAGAAAAUAUAUAAUGACGACAUACAGAA